CUUGUGGUCAUGUGUGGGGUUUACUUGCGGCAUCGACGUCAAGGAAACUCCGCUGGCAGCUUUAAUAAUGUCAGAGGUAAGGAGUCAGUCAUUCAUCCCGUCUCAUAUAGUGCCAACCUGACCUUUGGAAAGGGUGGCCACGGAUAAUCAGCUUCUGUCACGGUUAUUACCCGCGGUCUGGUUUAUUGUGCUGGUUUUUAUUAAUUGUCGGCACCCUUCUAUGGAAUACCGGAGCCUCGCCUUUUGACUUCACUAUUCGUGCUUGUCUGCCUACCUACCUGCCUGUUUCGCCGUACUUGGUUGGCUUCCCCUCACUCAACCUCAAGACUUCCGGCCCCUGCCGUUCUCGACAGCCCCAUGCCAUGACUGCGACAAUCCCAGCGUGAAAAUCUGCAUCCUAUAGCUGCAUGCGGCGGUGAACUCUGUUAUCUCAAUCAGCGAACGCAACCCGCGAAACAAACGCCCAUUCGAGCUUAUUCGAGCGCAUACCUGCCUGUAUGCUUGAAACGACCACGACUUGACACUUAGUAGACCUCAUCUCCCAGCCAUGGCUGGGCCAGCGGCUGCAUCUGCGUCUCUGGGUCGCACACGACACCGAGAGCGUUCGUCGUCUUCGGCUUCUGCCGCCACGAUUUCCACCUAUGGCCCGCCCUCGACAUCGGACGGAUCCUCGACGCGCUCCCUCUCUCCUAUCGGCCAUUAUACAUCUUUCUACCAACGUCGCCGAAGAAAUAGCAAUGCGGUCGCGACAUCCCGUGCAAAAUACUUUGCAUUUGCGUCAGCCAUCUUGUCGGCGCUUUGUGCUGGCUCCAUCACCACAUUCUCCCUCUACGGACAUAUAUUUCAAUCAAGAUUACGAUAUUCGCAAUUCGAAGUGAAUGGAGUUGCGAUCGCAGGAUCCGUCUCAUCAUACCUCCCCGUCCCCGUUCUGGGGUACCUUUGCGAUCGAUUAGGUCCAGCACCACUGUCGCUCGGGGCAGCAGCAAUAUUCGGAGCAGGCUAUUCCCUGGCUGCGGCUGUCUUCAUGCAUGUGGACGCGGGAAUUCGCUUCGCAAAUGAUGGGGACGCCCACUCGGCGCAUCUCAUGGUCGCCAAGUCUGGAGGACCCUUUACAUACGCAGUCAUGAUCGCGGCCUUUGUCUGCAUCGGUGUCGGCACCGCCAGCAUGUAUCUAAGUGCUGUUGCAACGUGCGCAAAGAACUUCGGCAAGGGGAAACAUCGUGGACUGGCACUAGCUGUCCCGAUAGCCUCAUUUGGCCUUAGUGGCAUGUGGCAGAGUCAGGUCGCCAGCCGGAUUCUCUACGAACGUGCCCCCGAUGGCACUCGUGGCGAUGUAGAUGUUGUUCGCUACUUUAUGUUUCUCGCCAUUUUGCUUUCAAUAGUCGGCGUCGUCGGCUUCUUUGGCCUUCGCAUAGUCGAUGAGGAAGAACUGAUCGAGAACGCUGUCGAGGAGCUUGAGCGCAGUGGCCUGCUCGAUAGUAGCGUGCUUUUCACACCUGGUGGCAUCAAUCGAGUCUCGGGCGGCUACGGAACCAUAAAUUCUGUUGUCGCCGAAAGGUCUAACCCGUUCGACGACCAUGACAGGGCAACCAAUAGUUCCAGCGACGAGACCGCCGUCGCACCCGAGUCUGUUGGUCUACUCAGUCCGACCGCCAAGCACGGCGAUGAGGAGGCUGCAGACAUUGAUGAUGGCGCAAGCGACGACGCGCGGAGAGUCAAGGAGUGGGUUCUUAAUGCUGAGACGCGACGCUUUCUUUCUGACCACACAAUGUGGCUGUUUGCAGCAGGCUUUUUCUUUAUGGUAGGACCUGGCGAAGCAUUCAUCAACAACCUAGGAACUGUGAUACAAACCCUUUACCCUCCGCCAGGCACAACGGCACACGUAUCUCAUCCUACAUCUGCUGCAACGCACGUCUCUCUGGUUGGAAUUACUAGCACAAUCGCCCGUCUGGCAACGGGUACAUUGACGGACCUGCUCGCUCCUACCCCGGAUACCGCACACAUCCAACUUACAGCAUCCCAAAUCUUGGAACCACCUUCAUCCCCUGGAUCGGGGCGGUGGGCCAGCACAGUCUUCAAGAGAGGUCGUGUCUCAGUCUCUCGCGUGGUCUUUCUGCUUUUCUUUGCAAUCCUGCUCUCAGCUGGGCUAGCGACUUUAGCUUCGGGGGCUAUUCAAAACCAUGGAGAGCGGUUCUGGAUAGUCUCUUCCCUGGUCGGUGCUGGUUAUGGUGCUGUUUUCAGCCUUACGCCAAUUAUUAUUACCGUGAUUUGGGGCGUCGAGAACUUUGCCACGAACUGGGGAAUCGUCGCCACGAUGCCUGCCCUCGGCGCAACGAUGUGGGGACUGAUUUACUCAGCCGUCUAUCAAGCAGGAGGCGCGGGCGGCGGCGGUGACAUCUUUUGCUACGGCAAGCAAUGCUAUGCCUCCACAUUCUGGGGAAUGAGCGGGAGCGUAUGGGUUGCUUGCGGGCUAGUGAUGUUGGCGUGGAAGGGAAAGAAUGGAUGGAAGCAGAGGGGGAUUGUCAUCUAAUAAUUCCAUAUCGUGUUUUGCGAUAUGUUUUUUUUUCUUUUUUUUUUCUUGCUCGAUUUCUUUUGUUGGAGUCUUGGAUCAUAUUCAUUCAUUUAUGUGGCGAUUAUCGAAUGGGCGUUUGGCGUGCGUGUCUAUUACUAUCAUUAUUUCCAUGUGGGAACCCCGGGUCUGGCUGGGCAGUAAUGUCAUUUUGGGUAAAUAUAACUGCAAUGUUUCGACAAAUAUAGAUAUAACACUUGAGCAAUAGAAUCUUUUUACCAAGUG